UUCUCUCUCCAAUCACAAUCCUGGCCUUCUCUCUCUGACUGUGUUUUCUCCGGUGGAGGAAAGCAAAUAGCACUGGAUGCCGGGUUGCUGGGGUAAGCUUGAGACGUGUUCAUUUUUAAUUUGCAUUUACUGAUACAGAUAUUUCUUCUACUUCAUUGAUCUGGAAUUCCUCCUCAUCGAUUACUGCAUAGUAACAGAGUUAGGGUUUUUCUUGGAAGCCACAGUUUUCUAUUUCUCUUCAAAAUCAUGGCCUUUAGUACCGGCGUUUUGCAAUCCUCGCUAGCUAUAUUCAAUUUUGUAAUGAUAUCUAUCGAGCUUUGGAUCUAAUCUCAAAGGUUUAGUUUUGAGCGAUUUUGAUGUUUCUGGUGUCGUUGGGGUUUUGAGGUUUUAGGAGGAAAUUGCUUUGGUUUCUAUAAUAUUGUUGGGUUUAGGGGUACUUACAAAAUAGAAGAAGUUUGGUUUAGGUUCUAUAACUGCUACUGGAGGCUCUGCGUAGACAAGAGCUAAGGUUGUGCUCGUUCUCUGUUGCCGGGUUUUGGGAUUCAGGUCGGAGUUGGCUGAAUUUUCUUAUUUUUGCUGGGUGUUAGGUUUCGGAACGAAUUUUUGAGGCUAGUGUACUGGGUUUUGUUUUUUGACUUGCUAGAUCUCCCUAGGUGGGUUUAUUUUUAGUUACAGAUGUCUGUGAAUAAUAAUAACCCACCAAAGAGCCUUGGGGGGUCGUCUUCGCCCUUUGGCAAUGUUGGGAUGCCUCCAAACCCAACAUUCUCGCAGCCCCAAUCUCAAUCACAAAUUGGGGCUGGAUUUCAGGGUCAGUUCCAGCUUUCCCCAGCCCAGGCCCUUGCCCAGGCACAUUCAAAAGCGGCAGCUCAUGCCCAGGCUCAGGCUCAAGCUCAAGCUGUUCAAGCCCAAUUCCAAGCACACUUACAAGCACAGGGUCUUUCUCAGAAUGCUGGCAUCGGGAACUUGGGCGCUUCUCCGCCCUCAUUUGCGACUCCGGGCAAUGCUAAUGUAAAGAGGGGAUUGCCACUGAAACCUCCAGUACGUCCUCCUGGUGUUCCCAUGACAAACACAGUUUCACCUUUGAGAACAUUGGAGCUUACACCUGCUGCUCGAAGAAAAAAGCUGAAGCUUCCAGAGAAACAGUUACAGGAAAGAGUGGCAGCAAUACUGCCUGAGUCGGCGCUAUAUACACAACUGCUUGAGUUUGAGGCUCGUGUUGAUGCUGCCAUGGCCAGGAAGAAGAUUGACAUCCAGGAGGCCCUAAAGAACCCUCCUUGCAUACAAAAAACACUCCGGAUUUAUGUUUUCAAUACUUUUGCUAAUCAGAUUAAAACAAUUCCUCAGAAGCCGAAUGCUGAGCCACCUUCAUGGACCCUCAAGAUAAUUGGAAGGAUUUUGGAAGAAGGGGUAGAUCCUGAUCAACCUGGGGUAGUUCAGAAAUCAAAUCCAUUGUACCCAAAGUUCUCAUCUUUCUUUAAGAGAGUGACCAUUUCCCUGGAUCAGAGAUUAUAUCCCGAUAACCAUAUGAUCAUAUGGGAGAAUGCUCGAUCCCCUGCUCCACACGAGGGUUUUGAGGUGAAGAGGAAAGGGGAUAAGGAAUUUACUGUGAGCAUUCGGUUAGAAAUGAAUUAUGCCCCUGAGAAAUUUAAGCUUUCUCCAGCUUUGAUGGAAGUUCUCGGCAUUGAGGUUGAUACCCGAACAAGAAUAAUUGCCGCAAUUUGGCACUAUGUCAAGGCUAGGAAACUGCAAAAUCCAAAUGACCCGGCUUUUUUUAAUUGUGAUCCUCCUCUUCAGAGGGUAUUUGGGGAAGAGAAAAUGAAAUUCACUAUGGUUUCACAGAAGAUCUCACAGCAUUUAUUUCCUCCACAGUCAAUACAUUUAGAGCAUCUGAUUAAGGUUUCAGGGAAUAAUCCAGCAGGUACUGCCUGCUAUGAUGUGUUGGUUGAUGUCCCCUUCCCAAUACAAAGGGAAUUGUCUGCCUUGUUGGCAAAUGCAGAGAAAAAUAAAGAGAUAGAUACCUGUGAUGAAGCAAUAUGCAGUUCUAUAAGGAAAAUCCAUGAGCACCGGAGGAGACGUGCAUUCUUUCUUGGAUUCAGUCAAUCACCUGUGGAAUUUAUUGAUGCACUCAUUGAAUCUCAAAGCAGAGAUUUGAAGAUUGUGGCGGGAGAAGCUAGUCGAAGUGCUGAGAAAGAGCGACAAUCUGAUAUCUUCAAUCAACCAUGGGUUGAAGAUGCUGUCAUCCGCUAUUUGAAUCGGAAGCCAGCUGCGGGAAGCGAUGCCCCUGGAAGUACAUGAGUUGGUGUUGCUUAGCAAGUUUGUUUGGGUGCCAUGUUAUUCUUCCAUGGAGUAUACAUAGGUUAUUUUGCCUUCUAUUAUGAAUUAGCUCAGUGGAGUGCUAUAUUGUUGAAUGGCAAGGGAAAAAGAAGCAAUGGCCCUCUGUACCUUGUUUUGGUAUAAGUACACCAUACCAUUAUGGGUGGUGAAAAGUUCUGGUAUCAGUUUGUUUUAAUUUAUUUGUUCUUGCUAGUGACCACCUCCGUAUCUGGUGUGCCAAUCCCCGUAUCAUGGAUCUCAAAGAUUAGAUAUGGUUGUGUUGUGUGCCAA